AAAAUAUUAUCUUCUUCAACCUUGAGCUCAUAUAUUCUCUCUCUCUCUCUCUCUAUACCACACGCGUGCACUUACACAUGCAUAUAUUUUUACAUCUUAAAUAAUGUCAUCAUCAUCCUAUAGUCACCAUGAUUAAUCACAUUUAAGAGAAAGCAAGAGAAAAGAGAGAGAAGCAUCUAUAAUGGACAAUUUAUUGUGGAUUGUAUUAGCAAUCUUGUUGUCUUCCAUAAUCCUGUACAAGAACAGGAACAUCAGAUCAUCAAAGUACAAAACCCCACUUCCUUUAGGCAACCUUGGAUGGCCUUUUCUCGGAGAAACCCUCGACUUCAUUUCCUGUGCUUACUCAGACCGCCCUGAAACCUUCAUGGAUAAACGUCGCCGCAUGUAUGGGAAGGUGUUCAAGUCUCACAUAUUUGGAAGUCCUACUAUAGUAUCAACAGAUGCAGAAGUGAGCAAAUUUAUACUACAAAGUGAUGCAAAGAUCUUUGUUCCUUCUUACCCGAAAUCUCUCACAGAGUUGAUGGGAAAAUCCUCCAUUUUGCUCAUCAAUGGUAGCUUACAGAAGAGAAUACAUGGCCUUGUAGGCGCCUUCUUCAAGUCCGCUCAUCUCAAAGUUCAAAUCACCAGAGACAUGCAAGUUUAUGUUCAAGAAUCAAUGCAGAAAUGGAACGAUCACCACCCAGUAUACAUACAAGACGAAACCAAGAAUAUUGCCUUUCAAGUCUUAGUCAAGGCAUUGAUCAGCUUGGAUCCUGGUGAAGAAAUGGAGUCACUGAAGAAGCAGUUCCAAGAAUUUAUCUCUGGUCUCAUGUCUCUACCCAUCAAUAUCCCUGGAACUCAACUUUAUCGCUCUUUACAGGCCAAGAAGAGAAUGGUGAAGUUGGUGCAGAAAAUUAUUCAAUCUAAAAGGGAUCAUCAUCAUCAUCAUCAUCAUCAAGAUGGUGGAAGCUCAACAGCAGCUAAAGAUGUGGUGGAUAUUCUGCUUAAUGAUGCAAGUGAACAAUUCACCCAUGAACUAAUAGCAGAUAACAUAAUUGAUAUGAUGAUUCCUGGGGAGGAUUCUGUUCCAGUUCUUAUGACUCUAGCCAUCAAAUACCUUUCAGAUUGCCCUGCUGCCUUGCAACAAUUAACAGAUGAGAACAUGAAAUUGAAAAAUCUCAAAGCUCAGCUUGGGGAGCCACUAAGUUGGACUGAUUACUUAUCACUACCAUUUACACAGAAGGUGAUCACAGAAACUUUAAGAAUGGGAAACAUUAUAGUUGGGGUAAUGAGAAAGGCCAUGAAGGAUGUAGAGAUCAAAGGGUAUUUGAUUCCAAAAGGAUGGUGUGCUUUUGCAUAUUUUAGAUCAAUUCAUCUUGAUGGAAAUCACUAUGAUUGGCCUUAUCAGUUCAAUCCAUGGAGGUGGCAAUUGUGGAGAGAUUCACAGGACAAAGACACAAGCAAUAGCAACUUCACUCCAUUUGGAGGUGGACAGAGAUUAUGUCCUGGUCUUGACUUGGCUAGGCUGGAAGCUUCCAUCUUCUUACACCACUUAGUUACACAAUUUAGUUGGGUGGCUGAGGAAGAUGCAAUUGUAAACUUCCCAACAGUGAGAAUGAAGAGAAGAAUGCCAAUUUGGGUCAAAAGGAGAGAAAUAAAUAAUAUAAAUAAAGAUCCUUGAGCACAUAAAAAUUUAUAAAAAAAUUUUCCUUAAGGCCAACAAGAAAAAGACUCAAAGGCAUCAAAAUCAUAGUAUAUUAUUAUUAAAAUAAUAAUUAUUGUCAUUUGCCACAGUGCACACGUGUGGGGGACAUCAACAAGACUGACACAAAUUUGUCCUCUUCCAUUUAGCUAGGUAUUGCAAAUGUUAGACUAUAGAAUAAUAUUUUUUUUUUUCAUGGGACCCUUUUUUUUAUAAUUAUCACUUGUUUUUCAAUAAUUUUUUAUUUUUUUUUUACCAUUUGCAUGUAAAAUUGAUUGUGAAUUGUAAAACAAGGUGAGUUGAUUCAAGUAGUGGGCAUAAAUCAAUGAUUUGUGGUGUUGGGUCCCAAUGAAUUUGAACAUUCAAUGUCUUAGAACAUCUUUUGUCCGAAAUUUUUCCUAUUAAGUAAUUUUUGAAACCACAUCUCCUCAGAUUUC